UCGUGAAUCUUUCGCAAUUCGCUUCAGUUCGUCCAGCAGAGAAGCAACGCUCGUUUCGCGACGAUGUUCUUCACGCUGCAGUUUAUAUCUACUGUAUAUAGGCAGCUUUAGGCGGGUUAACACGCGAAAUUUUUUUCAAAAAUUUUCAAAACAUAACCUCAAAUACAUGACUCGAUACAUUUCACACGAAAAUAUGUAAAGUGGUGCGUCAGGUUUCCAAAGUUUGUGCUUGGCGGAAUUGUUUGACAGUUUUCCAAACGAAUCCUCGUGAAGCAAUCCACAAGCUGCAUGUCGACCGAAACCUGCUUCGUCCAAAUGGAUUGAUCUUCUCUACUUCCGAAGAAAUUUUGUUUGAAUUGCGUCACAUUUAUUAUACAUGAAUGGUUGGAGAUUCGCCAGACAUCGUCGGAGAAGGAUCGAUUUCAGAUCUAGGAGAUCUAGAAGGAUGGUGGAAUAAUCAUGCGAUAGUGGUCUGGAGUUUCGCCCUUUUUGGCUGUUUCUUACUCAAUGUCAUACUUCUACUGGCAUUCCUCGUACGUCCGUCGCUACGGACCAUUUCCAACAGGUUUGUCAUGAACCUAACCGUGUCAAACCUGUUGGUCUGUGCCAUCAUGAACCCCCUACUAAUAAUGGACGCUGUUUCAACGUCUUCCAACUCCUCCAUACUCGACUCUGCACCUGUACCGAAUAUUUGUUCAAUGUCAGAGGGAGCAAUGGCGGUAGUAACAACAUCUUCGGUCUUCUCAGUCCUGUUAAUCGCUGUGGAUCAAUACUUCGCCGUGAUGGAUCCUCUACGUUACCGUGCUCGUGUGGACAAACUGAAAUGCGGCAUUCUAAUCCUCUCCACCUGGAUGAUCUCCAUAGUUUUCGGCUUUCUCGCUUUCUUCAACUCAAAUCCUCAAAGUCUUUGGCUUUUCUGCAUCUCCAAAGAACAAAAUUCCGUAAAUUUCUCCACAGAAUCGACUCUCACAGUAUUGGAGAACAAAACCAAUAACAACGAGCUCAAUACCAGUGCAAUUCCUGAGAUAGUGGAAACUGUUAGUCUCAGUGACGACAUAGAUCUCAUAGAGAAUACUACUGUGAUCUUUGAUACGCUUAUAGACGAUACAAUCACUUAUGGCUUUAUUUAUGCCAUUGUUUAUACCAUAUUUGCUUAUUUCAUACCAUUCAUUGCCGUCUGCUGGAUCUAUGUCACUAUUUACGUGGCUGCACAUAGAAAUUCGGAAAGAGCUAGAAGAAGUGGCUCUAGGCCUAUAUUAUCUUCAGCGAGCUUUAGCGAAGAGCAGAAUGGCCCUUUGAGGAACCAACGUCUUCAGGCGGAUACUGUGGAGGAUAUUAGAAAGUUACCUAAGAUAUCGAGUUUGUCUUCGAUUGACGAGACCAGCGAGACUAUGCAACCCACUGGUCAGUUGUCUAGAAGGCGAUCCUUUGCUUCCUCUAUAGAUAUGGAUGCAUCUUCUCCACCCGAAGAAGCGGAGGAUAAAAAGCCUUCUAGAAUUGUUUUUACGGUUGGUCCACAGAGAGUCGAAGUCUCUCAAUCUACAAAUGAAGAAAACUAUAUUAAUGAUAAUUUAAGCAAUUGUAAUUCGGCAAUGGAGAAAGAUGCCAGGGAGAGUAAGUGUCAGGAUUUGCAGAAGCAAGAUUUGCAAACUUCGGGAUACGAAGAGACGAAAGAAUCGUCUAGAGAUCUAAAAGAGCACAAACAGGUGAAUAAUUGGAUCUCAAAAAGUUUUAUCGACGAGAGCAGCGAUUCUGAGGAAGAAACUCACUUUGAAUGCUUCGAGAAAAAAUUCUCACCUCUCUGUAACUAUUCUUCGAAUUUAUUCCAAGAAUCACUGCGAGUCUCUGAAAUUAUCAAAGAAGAAAAUAACGAAAGCAAACAGAACGAUAUUAACAACGAUCGAAAAGAAGAACAUUUGGUGCAAGUAGAAGUCGAGUUGAAGAACCAAAUAUUGAGUCAAGGAGACUCUGAAUUAUCAGUGAAUUUUUCAGAAACGAGGCCCAACCGUAGGUUAUCGUCAUCCUUGAAUAAAGACGCUUCUCUAUCUCAUACAUAUGAAAACAGUAACAAGACUGAAAAGACUAACGGUAGCAGCGUUACAGAAUCGUCCUCGUGUUUGCUAACACCAAUAGUGACAAUAACCCCAGCGCCAAGCAAGAACGACAACCUGCAUCGUGUUUCGAGCGUGAGGAGCACCUCGAGUUACAUACACUCACUAAAGGACAGGAUAAGCAAUGGUUCUAUAUUUAGGCACAGAGAGGAGACGAGGGCGGCGCGAAUAAGUGCUCUGGUGAUCGUGAUGGGUCUGAUCUGCUGGUCGCCGUACGUGAUAUUACUGGUAAUGAAGAAUCUACCUCGAUCCACUGACCAACAUUUGCCCCAUAAAUACGACGUGUUGGCCUCCAGCCUCUUGAUCUUGGCCGCGUAUAUCAGCCCACUGUUGUUCGGCUAUAGAUCAAAAAGAGUGAAACGCGAGUUAAGAAGGUUCUUCUGCUUCAGGAGAGAAUUAUCUUAUAAGAACAAUAGAAGCUUAAUGGCUAAAAAGGUGUUGAGGAGGAGACACAGUAGUAAUCUCAGUCACUUUGAGAUGGAUCAUAAGUAUAAUAUAUUCAGUUGCAUGUAUGGGAAGAAUCGAUGGCCCAAGGAGAAGGUUCAGUUUGUCCAAGUACCAGACACGGCGCUAGCUGUGGAAACUUGCAGGAGUAGCUUCUCUAGCGGAGCCAGUACUCAGAUCUCCAGCACCUCGACGGAGGAAUGUUGAGAUCCGUGAUGUUCCUGACUUAAUCAUGUUCAUAGGCUUCUUUUUAUAUUGGAGAUGGUUUUCGUGGAGUACUUAAUGCGCAGUUAAUUGUGUGCAGGUGUUUCGGUUGGUUUUAGAUGAGAUGUUGAUAGGUUUUGAGUGAACAAGUAGAAUCGGUUAUAUCGAGUGAUUUGAAGAAACAGUCGAGUGAUUUAGAGAAAUAGAGCCACUAAUAUUUUAAUAAUAAUAAUAGGUUGGAAAAGAAAGAAAUCUUUAACUACAGAUUGUUCAUCUCUGGAAAAAGCUUGAGUUUUUAUCUAGUUUCUACAAUUUGAUAGAGAACUUUAAAAACAUUACCAGUUGAAUAUUUUCAAUACUUAAAAAUAUAUAUGUCAUUAAAAACACUAACUAUAUUAAAUUUUAAUAGUAUAGAGAUUAAGUUCUCAAGUAAGAGUCUGUAAUUAAGGAUUGCUCUUGAAGGAAAUUGAGACGUAUAGAGAUUUUAUUUCAAGACGGAUAUCUGUUUAGUUUUUUUUUUUUUAAAUAAACAAUGUUCUGUCUAUCUAUAUCCAAUUUUAAUACUUUGAAAGAAACUCUCUUCAUAGAAAGAAAUCAUACUCACAUUGAAAAAUGAUUGAUUUAAUAGAACAUUGGUGCUAAUGAUAGAACAGUGAUUGUUGAUAUACUGUGCAGAAAUAACUUCAAUUUUUAAACAAGAUAUAAACUGCAGUCAUUACAACCAUUUGACUCAAAACUAUAAAAAUAUAUUAUCUAAAACUAUAAAAAUUAUAAAAAUAUAUAUUCGACACUCUUUGUUGUAAAUGAAGUUUGAACUUGAAGUUGAAGUUAAAGUCUACAAUUUAUUACAAGAAAGAAAGAAAAACUGCAUUCAUACUUUGAUCAUCAGAGAAUAUUUUUC